AGGCUCGGGCCUAUUCUCGCAAAAGUGCCUUCUGUCCCAACAAAAUAUCUUACGCAGCAUAUGCCAAACUGAAAAGGAAUUUAUAAAAUCAAAACCAGAGGAUUAGGAAGCACUCGGGUCCUCCUCAAAUCUCCAAACCCUGCGCAUUUAUAUUGUACUUGCAGAAUCUCUGCCCCUCUCUCUCUCUCUCCUCUCUCCUCUCUCCUCUCUCUCCACAACCACAGCCACAGCCAAUUGCCACAACACCAAAUGCUUACCUUGAAUAUCAGUUGUCCUUCUUCCCCUGUCACUUUCUCCAAAUCCCGCCGUCAAGUCCCCUCUAUUAAUGCCCCCUCCUCCCCCUCCCCCUCCUCCUCUUCACUUCUCACUCGAAUCCAAACGCACUCAUAUCCUCUGCACCAAAAACUCACCUCUCUUAGACCCCAAACAUCCCCCAAAUUCUCCAAAUUCUCAAGCUUUACCAGAAUCUAUGGCUACCCAUUUGGAAUUUCUUCAAAAGAAACAAAACCCAUGGGCCAGAUUCGAGAUUCGAGCUCAAAGAUCAGCCAUUUGAGCGAAGCCUUUGAAUUCCCAUCUGGGUUUGGGAGAAAACCCAGGUCCCAAAUCCCAAAAGCUGCUUCUGAAUCCAAUACAGGAAGAGAAACUGAAGCUACAGUCUCAAAGCCCAAGGCCACCACCGCCCAGCUCGCGCUUAUUUUUGGGCUAUGGUACUUCCAGAACAUUGUCUUCAACGUCUACAACAAGAAGGUACUGAAUGUCUUUCCAUAUCCAUGGCUUCUCGGAUCUUUUCAGCUCUUUGCUGGGUCUGUUUGGAUGUUCAUUCUUUGGUCUUUGAAGCUCCAACCCCGCCCGAAAAUUUCUAAACCCUUCUUUGUUGCACUCCUUGGACCUGCAUUGUUCCACACUAUAGGCCACAUUUCAGCAUGUGUCUCGUUCUCUAAGGUGGCGGUUUCUUUCACCCACGUAAUCAAAUCGUCGGAGCCUGUUUUUUCAGUAAUGUUUUCGUCGUUCCUAGGCGAUUCGUACCCUUUACAGGUCUGGCUUUCAAUCCUCCCUAUUGUUAUGGGUUGUGCUCUUGCUGCUAUUACUGAGGUGUCAUUCAAUGUGCAAGGCCUUUGGGGUGCUUUGAUUAGCAAUGUCGGGUUCGUGUUGAGGAACAUUUACUCGAAACGUAGUUUACAGAACUUCAAGGAAGUAGAUGGGUUGAACUUGUAUGGUUGGAUCAGUAUAAUUUCGUUCUUCUAUCUGUUUCCCGCCGCUAUUUUCCUUGAAGGGUCUCAAUGGGUUCAAGGAUAUCACAAAGCUCUUGCAGCUGUAGGAAAACCAUCCACAUUGUACCUAUGGGUGUUGCUAUCUGGAGUGUUUUACCAUCUCUAUAACCAAUCAUCGUAUCAAGCUCUUGAUGAAAUUAGCCCCUUGACCUUUUCAGUAGGAAACACAAUGAAGAGAGUGGUGGUAAUUAUAUCGACUGUGUUGGUGUUCAGAAAUCCAGUUAGACCUCUUAAUGCACUUGGAUCCGCCGUUGCAAUAUUUGGGACUUUCUUGUAUUCGCAGGCUACAGCUAAAAAGAAAAAGGGAGGUGAAAGGAAGGAUUGAAUAUAAUUUUUACUUGGUCUGCUUUAGGUGUCUUAUUUUUUGGCCUGGUAAAAUUUGUGAUUUUGCUUUGGUUUGUUCUACAGCUAUCAAGUUUUAAUAAUGGCUCAGGUUUCAUAUCAUCGUUUCUUCCCCCUUGAAUUUAAGCUUGCGUCCGUGUGUGUUACCGAUGAAUGUAUGCUAGGAUUGAUGAGGCCUUUAUUCUACCUGUUCACUUGUUACCUGAUUCGAAUGAUUUAGUUUUGAUGUUUAUUUGAGCCUAGAGACCUAGGAAGUUGAGUGCA